AUGAGCUCUUCUCCACUACUUAUUAAUGAAAGCAAAGCGAAGGAACGAUGCCAGCAGCCGGCGUCAAAGGCGCUGCAGCCGUACGUGCGUCUGAGCCCGCUGCCGUCGGCGUCGAGGCGCGUCAUUGGCCACAAGUGCAGCAAAUGCAGCCAGACGUUCAAGUGGAAGGAGAGCCUGUACCGGCAUCUGGAGGAGGAGUGCAGCGGGAGACCGAGCCUCGCGCGCGACAGCGACAAAGCGAGAGCGCCACCGUCGGCAAGCAGCAAGGGCCGGCACCAGUGCCCGACCUGCGGCAAGACCUACAAGAGCCGGGGCUUCUUCGACGCCCACGUGAGGAAGGUGUGCGGCCCAGCGAACGAGGCGAGUCGCGCGAUCCAGGGCAGCGCCUGGAACUUCAAGUCGGACCACAAGUGCGCGACCUGCAGCCGGAUCUUCACCUCCAAGCGCUACCUCCACCAGCACAUCUACCGCGUGCACGAGACGCACGGCUACUUUUGCGAGCACUGCGGCCACGCCGCCAAGGCCAAGUCGCGUCUCGCCAGGCACAUCGAGGCCAAGCACGGCGCGCGCGAGCCACCGCGGGCCGCCUGCCGCCGCGGGCGCCGCUCGCCGGCGGAGUCGGCGGCCCUCCGCUGCGAGCACUGCGCACGGCGCUACGGCAGCAAGGCUCGCCUGGCGCGCCACAUCCAGGCCGAGCACGAGGUGGUGUGCCGCGAGGGCCCCGCGUCCGCCAACAGCCUGCGCGCGCGCGCCGACCUCCCGGGCUUCGUCUGCGACCACUGCGGCCUCGCCAGCCAGGACAAGCCCACGCUCGCGCUCCACAUCGCCCGCGAGCACGCCGACGCCCGGACGAACGUCUGGUGCUCGCGCGAGCGCCUCCUCCUCUGCCACCACUGCGGCUACGCCUGCGAGCUCAAGGACCACCUGGUCGCGCACAUAAGGGCCGGGCACAGCGUUCCCAAGUAG